GGGAUCAACCCAUCUAGAUCCAUCAGCUUUUCAAGACUUAAACCCACAACCCCCUCACUUAAUUAAGGCCCUCUUUGGUUGGUUGCAGAAUUAAGUCUCUCUCUCUCUCUUUCUCUCACUUCGUUUCUUCGUCUCAGAAGCAGAGGAGAGAGAGAGAGAGAUAUGAAGGUUGAACCCAAUAACCCAUUUCUUGUGAGAAAGCAAAGACAUGUUCUUCUCAAAUUUGCCCUCUUUUUGCUCUUCAUUGCUCUUUCUUUUCACAUUUUCCUCUCUGUUUCUUCCAAGCUAAUGUCAUCUUCCCCUCUUCAAAUCAGAGCUCAUUCCCCUCAAAAUGAUACUAGAGCAGAAUGUGAUAUAUUUGUGGGGGAAUGGGUAGCAGACCUUGCUGGACCCUCUUACACUAAUGAGAGCUGCCAUGUCAUUGAAGCUCAUCAGAACUGUGUACGAAAUGGACGACCCGACACGGGUUAUCUUUACUGGAGAUGGAGUCCGAAGGACUGCGAUUUACCGAGGUUUAAUCCCCGGAAGUUUCUUAAUCUAAUGAGGAACAAAUCAUGGGCUUUCGUUGGCGAUUCCAUUCAACGUAACCAUGUUCAAUCAUUGGUUUGUACUCUUUCUCAGGUGGAGGAAGCAGUUGAGAUCUACCACGAUGAAGAGUACAGAUCCAAAAAAUGGAGCUUCCCAUCUCACAACUUCACACUUUCAGUGAUUUGGGAUCCGUUCCUAACGAAAGCGGUCAUUUUUGAGGAUAUCAAUGGAGUUUCGAGUUCGGAUGUCCAGCUCCAUCUCGACAAGCUCGAUGAAGAAUGGACCUCACAGUAUAAGAAUCUUGAUUAUGUUGUAAUUGCAGGUGGGAAAUGGUUUUUGAAGACUGCUAUAUACUACGAGAACGACACUGUCAUUGGCUGCCAUAACUGCUUGGUAAAGAACUUAACAGACCUAGGGUUUGAGUAUGCGUAUCGAAAAGUAAUUGACCGGGUAUUUGACUUCAUCACGGGUUCUGAUCACAAGGCGUUUGUGUUCUUCAGAACUACCACACCAGAUCACUUUGAGAAUGGAGAAUGGUUCAGUGGAGGGCAAUGCAAUAGGACAGUGCCCUUCAAGGGAGGGGAGGUUGACAUGAAAGAUGUGGACGUAGCAAUGAGAAAAAUUGAACUGGAAGAGUUUGGGAAGGUUGUUGGGUCUGGAAAGUGCCAAAGCUUGAAGCUUCUCGACACGACCCGACUCUCGUUAUUGAGACCUGAUGGGCACCCGGGUCCAUACAGGCAGUUCCAUCCAUUUGCAGAUGGAAAUAAGAAAGUCCAGACUGAUUGUUUACAUUGGUGUUUACCAGGUCCAAUAGACUCCUGGAAUGAUUUGCUAAUGCAAUUGUUGGUUCAGAUGUAAAGGAUUGAAGAUUCAAAGGGUUGGACAUUUUUGGAGAACACAAGAUUGAACUUUCACAGGGUUGGAAUAGAAAGUGAUAUUACUUCAAAGGAUUUUGGUUGGCUGUUUGUUUUACCUGGAAAAGAAUAAAUGCUUUUUAUAUAUAUAUAGAAACAGAAAUGCCUCCAUUGAUCAAUCUUGUAAAACCAUUUGUAAACCAAAAUAUAAGCUUGAUGGAGCUGAAAAAAGAAAUAAGGACACCUGAUAAUCAAUCUUUUGUAACAAAAAGAAGAGUGAUGGUUUAUUUA